AUUGACACUAAACUGGAAGUUUUGUGAAGGUUACGAAGAAAGUCUUCGCAUGAAAAUAGAGCUGUAAGUUUUUUCAUUUUGCAUUUUCACAUAAUUUUUCCACAAAAUUAAGUGUCGGUUUUGGGGUGCACUAUGACAACGUACACAGAAGACUAUCUAAAGCAAAAAUUAAUUGAGAAAUUAGACGCAACUCACGUGGUAAGUGGAAGAUUUUGAUGACGUUGCUCGCGCGGUUGAAGAACAUUCCGGUCAAAGAUGAAUCGUAAAUGGGCUAUUGUGGUGUGUAUAGUGGGUUUGGGGGCUUUCCUGAGGGCUACUGUGUCCCUGCACGCGUACUCGGGGGCCGAUAAGCCUCCCAUGUUUGGUGAUUUUGAAGCACAACGUCACUGGCAGGAGAUCACGGUGAAUCUUCCCACGAGAGAUUGGUACAGGAACACCACGGACAAUGACCUGCUGUACUGGGGUCUGGACUAUCCACCCCUGACAGCCUAUCACAGCUGGAUGUGUGGAAAAGUAGCCCAGCUGGUGGAUCCGGGCUUUGUGGCGCUGCACACAUCACGCGGAAUCUCCAGUGCAGCUCACAAGCUCUUUAUGAGGCUCACCGUCCUCCUAGCAGACAUCCUAAUCUACCUCCCAGCUGUCUACUGGGGUUGUUCGGCUGUUUGGAAGCGAACCCACAUUGACAUAGUGCCGGCAAGCUGGAAAGUUCUCCAUCUCAUCCUAGCCAUGAGCUUUCCAGGCCAAAUUCUCAUUGACAAUGGGCACUUCCAGUACAACAAUAUCUCUCUCGGCCUCACAAUCUGGGCGACAGUUUGUCUCCUCCACGAUCGCCUCUUCCUCGCAUCCUUCCUCUUCACCCUGGCGCUGAAUUACAAACAAAUGUCCCUCUAUCAUGCCCUCCCAUUCUUCUUCUAUCUCCUGGCCAAAUGCCUACCCGGUGGGAGGAAUAAGCUCUCCAUCAGUGACGCCCUAGGGAGGCUCUUACGCAUUGGAGUGAUUGUGAUUGUAACAUUUGCCCUUCUCUGGCUUCCCUGGCUCAGAGAUGUGGAUGACAUGAAGCAAGUUCUUGUGAGAGUUUUUCCCAUCAAUCGGGGACUCUUUGAGGACAAAGUGGCCAAUUUUUGGUGCACUUUUAACACCAUUUUCAAGUUCAAGGAUGCCAUUCCGAAGGAAAAGAUGGCGCUCUACUGCCUCAGUACAACACUAAUUUCAGUCUUUCCGAGUGGCAUCAACCUCUUCUUCAGGCCAACAAAGGAAAACUUCCUUUUAUCCCUAAUCAACACUUCCCUUGGAUUUUUCCUCUUUUCCUUUCAAGUUCACGAGAAAUCCAUCCUUCUUGCUGCAAUUCCCAUUCUCCUGUACUUCCCCUUUGACCCAAUCACUUGCCUAUGGCUUCUGGAGAUUGCAACAUUCAGCAUGGUGCCAUUGUUGCAGAAAGAUGGCCUCUUUACAGCCUUUUUGGCACUUCAGGGAAUCUUUUUGCUAAGUAUUCGCCUGUAUCACUUAAUGGCGUCAAAAGGAAGAAAGGACAGCAUGGACUUCUUGCUUCUGGGCUGCUUUGUAGUUUCCAAAACAGUUCGAUGGCAGGAUAAUUUGAAAAUUUGGGCAUUUUAUUUGUCUCUAACUGGACAAGUAGCGCUUCUUAUUGGACAAGAGCUCAUCACACCACCGGAGAAUCUUCCGUACUUGUUCCCAUAUUUGAUUUCUGCCUUUAGUGGCCUUCACUUUAUUGCAUUUUUCUUAUACUUCAAUGUACGACAACUUUUCCUAUUGUAAAUAAAAGUUUUUUUUUUCAUGAAA